AUGGCCGCCGACAUAGCUGCUAAGCAAACCUUUCUUCGCGGAACAACUAUCCGUCAAUUCGCCGCCGUCUCCCCGCGCCCAGCUUUCUCACGCCAGCCAUGCGGUCAACGCGGAGUCACUCAAUCAUUUCCCCCCACCCUCCCGCUGCGAGCACAACCCUCCCGAACCCUAAGACCCUCAGUCGCUCGAUCGCGCCUUUCUCCCAGCGGGUCCGCGUUCGGGCCGGCGCGGCAAAAGUCGUUCCUUUCUGUGAGAGUUCCUGGAGGGGAGAACGGAGUAGCGGCGGAAGCAGGACGCGGAGGUAGUAAUAAGCGCGAUCGCGCGGGCUUCGCUCCCGCCGCCGCCGGAAGUGCAAUGACGCCAGAGCUUACACCAGACGGCGCGGCAGCGGUUCUCGGCACGGCGGCGUCGCAGGAGAAUGCGGAGGAGUGCGCCGCGGUGCUGGCGCGGCUGGGCCGGUCCGCGGACAGCCUUCCCGCCGACCUGGCGGACGCAAUUGCGCGCGGGCGCGUGCCCGGGGAGGUGGUGGAGCGGUACGCGGAGAUGGAGAACACAGUGGUGCUGGGGUAUUUGCUGCGGUUCGGCGGGUUUAAGGAACGGUUGCUGGCAGACGAUCUGUUCAUGACCAAGGUCGCGAUCGAAUGCGGCAUUGGCAUCUGCACCAAGACCUCGGCGGAGUUGGAGAGGCGGCGAGGGGCCUUCUUCCCCGAGUUCGACUUCGUCAUUGCUGACGUGAUCAUGGCUCUCAUUGCGGACUUCAUGCUGGUGUGGCUGCCCGCGCCCACCAUCCCUCUGCACCCCGCCCUCGCCAAAGAGGCCACCGCCCUGCAGAAGUUUCUUGACACCUGCCCGGAUAACGCGUUCCAGGUUCCUGUACGUGGCACGGAGUACACUGUCCUGCAGCGCUGCACUGCCGUGCUGAGGAACGGAGUAAAGCUAAUGGUUGUUGGGACGACUGCAUCCUUGUUUGGCUGUGGCAUGACCAACGCUCUCCAGUGGGUACGCAAGGUGCUUGCUGCUCCCCCAGCUGCUGCUGCUGCUGCCACAGUCCCUUCCCUAGACCUCACCACGGCCUCUUUCCCUCUCGACUCAACUGCUGAAUUGGCUGCUACUUUAAACCCCGCUGCUGCCCUUGAUGCCGCCACGACUGCUGCCUUGGUAUUGGACCCGGCGGUUGCUGCUGACAUGGCAGCUGCUGUGUCAGCGUCGGCUGCUGAUGUGGCGUCUGCGCUGGCCACGGCUGCCGAGGUGGCGACUUCAGCUGCGGGGACCAUUCCACCGGAUCUCGAAGUGCCUAUUCUCGCUACAAGCUUGGCUUAUGGUUCCUAUAUGGCGAUUUCUGCAAACCUAAGGUACCAAGUAUUGGCUGGUGUGAUAGAGCAGCAGUGGCUGGAGCCUAGAUUCCACGGCAACAAGACUCUGCUUUCAGUGCUCUCCUUCAUCUUCCGCACAUCCAACACGUUCAUUGGCUCUCUCUUGUGGGUGGACUACGCAAGAUGGAUCGGGUCAAAUCAUGACAUGACGCGUACAAGACCCAUAAAGUGGUCCGUCGAGUCGUUGCCAGGACAGGGGAAGAAAGUCUGUGUCACUGGGGCAUCUGGUUUCAUCGGAAGCUACCUCGUCAAGCUUCUGCUGGAUCGCGGGUAUAAUGUUCGCGGAACAGUUCGGGACGCGACCAAUGAGGAGAAGACGUCAUGGAUUCGCGAUCUCGCAGAGGGCACUCCAGGCAAACUUGAGCUCUUUUCAGCCGACCUGGGCAAGCCUGGGAGCUUCGACGAAGCCGUUGAAGGAUGCGAGUUUGUGUGCCACGUCGCCUCUCUUGUUCGUUUCAGUGUGCCAAAUCCGCAGACUGUUGUGGAUGCAGCUUUGGAGGGCACGAGAAAUGUAUUUUCUUCCAUCAUCAAGCACAAAACUGCCAAAAAGGUGGUGGUCACCUCAUCUGUAGCAGCAAUUAUUGACUACGUAAACAACAAGGACCAUGUUUUUACUGAAGAAGACUGGAACCGAGACCUUACUCUCAAAGAUCCAUACCCGAUGGGUAAGACUCUUGCAGAGAAAUAUGCCUGGAAGACCGCAGAAGAUCUCAAAGGUCAAGAUUGGUCUUUUGAACUGGUCACCAUCUGUCCAGCCAUGGUUUUUGGUAAAGCCAUGCGUAAGGCGCAUGUUCGAACAAGCCUCGAUGUGAUAAGGCAACUGAUGAGUGGAUGGCUCUUCAUGGCCCCGGACUUGUAUUUUGGCGUUGUUCAUGUUGACGAUGUUGUGCUUGCUCAUGCACUGGCACUGGAGAAGGAUACUGCCAAGGGACGAUAUAUUCUAAGCAAUGGCGUCACUCUCAGCAUGCUAGAAAUGUCGGCUGUCAUCAAGAAGAACUACCCUAAUGCCAAGACUCCAACGUACACCAUGCCAAGUGCAUUGACGUAUCUGGUCUCAUUAACCAUUCCCGGAGUGAGCUUUGAGGUACUGAGGCGAAAUCUGAGCAAAGUCCCCAGAUUCGAUAAAAGCAAGUCGGAGAAGGAGCUGGGACUGCAGUACCGUUCGUCCGAGCAAUGCCUUCUGGAUACAGCUGCCAGCAUCUUGAGCUUGGGAGGAAAAUGA